CGGUUCCGCGAUGAGCGUGUCCGCAACUCUCCUCCCCUCCACGGCACUCCGGGCCGGGGGCUGAUGUGCGUUGGCUUCUCUUGUCAGACGCUCGAGCUCAAGACCUCGCAGAUAAUUAAUCGUGACGGAUCAGUUACCCCCCCACCCCCCAUCCUCCUCCCCUCCCAUCAGCCUCCUCACCCGCUCCCACCCCUGUUUAAGAUUCCGCAGUUGACAAGACGGCGCGCUGCUCACCGCCGCAUCCCGCCCGCGCCUGACUUUUCUUUCUUCGCUGAAAACCUGGAUAUUGGAGGCUUUCUUUUCCACAAGUUUUUGAAUCGCACGAGGAGCUUACAAUGACCGCCGCCAAGGAGCAGCCGAACCAGAGGCAGAGUCAGCCGGAUGAGGAUCUAGGUGGUGGGAGUCCUCCUCAGAGGAACUGGAAAGGGAUUGCCAUCGCUCUGCUGGUCAUCUUGGUGGUCUGCUCUCUAAUCACCAUGUCGGUCAUCCUCCUCACUCCAGCUGACAGCCAAGCUGGAAGCAACACCAAACUGUCUGUCGAGGAUCUUUUCAAACCUGACUUCACGGUCCAUGACCCGGAGGCCAAAUGGAUCAAUGACUCUAAAGUCAUCUACAGAAACAGCGACGGCCACGUCAUCAAGUUCGACAUCCUUAAAAACGAAACAGAGAUUGUCCUGACAAACACAACAUUUAUAAAUUUCAACGUGGCCAAGUAUUCCAUCUCCCCUGAUCUGAAAUAUGUGCUCUUCGCUUAUGAUGUGAAACAGGUUUACCGCCACUCCUACAUGGCCUCCUACAGUAUCUACAAUAUUCACACACGCGAGGUUUGGGAGCUGGAUCCUCCUGAGGUGGUGAACUCGGUCCUGCAGUACGCCGCCUGGGGAGUGCAAGGCCAACAACUGAUCUACAUCUUUGAAAAUAACAUCUACUACCAAUCAGAUGUCAAGAGCAACUCUCUUCGGCUAACGUCGUCAGGGAUGGAAGGCAUCGUCUUCAAUGGGAUCGCCGACUGGCUCUACGAAGAGGAGAUUCUUCGGACCCACGUGGCACACUGGUGGUCCCCUGACGGAGAGAGGUUGGCCUUCCUGGUCCUCAAUGACAGCCUGGUGCCCAACAUGGCUUUGCCUCGCUUCACUGGCAUGACAUACCCCAAAGGGAAGCAAUACCCAUACCCCAAGGCCGGCCAACCGAACCCGGCGGUAAAGCUCUACGUUGUCAACUUGUACGGGCCGACGCACACGCUGGAGCUUAUGCCCCCAGAGACGCUCAAGCUACGGGAACAUUAUGUGACCAUGGUGAAGUGGAUCAGCAAGACCAAGACAUCGGUCAGGUGGUUGAACCGGGCCCAGAACAUCUCCAUCCUGACUGUGUGUGACACCACCACCGGAGCCUGCGUCACGAGACAUGAAGAAAGCUCCGAGCUCUGGCUUUCCAAGCAGAACCAAGAACCGGUGUUCUCCAAAGACGGCAGCCAGUUCUUCCUAACUGUGCCGGUCAAACAAGGAGGACGUGGGGAGUUCCAUCACAUCGCCAUGUUCACCACACAGUUCAGAGCAGAUCAAAAUGAAGUCCGACAUCUAACAUCAGGGAACUGGGAGGUGACCAAGAUCAUUGCAUAUGAUGAGAACACUGACAACCUUUACUUUCUCAGCACAGAGGGUUCUCCACGAAGACGGCAACUUUUCAGUGUUAAAACGGUGGGUCUGUUCCCACGGCGAUGUCUGACAUGUGAGCUGAAUAAAGCUCACUGUCUGUACUUUGAUGCCGACAUCAGCCCUGCAAACCAGCACAUUAUCCUCCGCUGCAAAGGUCCUGGAGCCCCCACUGUCAUCCUACAGAGCCUCAACAAUUCAAAUUACUACAUCCUCGAGAACAACUCUUUGCUAAAGGCUGCUUUGAUGCUCAAAAGGAUCCAGCUGAAUGACUUCAGAACUGUUCAAAUGGAACAUUUUGAUUUACCUUUGAAGAUCUCGUAUCCACCAGACUUCACUGAGUCCCGUCACUAUGGGCUUCUGUUGCUGAUCGACAGCGCCCCCGGUGGUCAGGCUGUGAGCGACCGCUUCUCUCUCGGCUGGGACUCGGUGCUGGUCAGCUCAGACAGCGUCAUCGUAGCUCGUCUGGACGGCCGGGGCAGCGGCUCCCAGGGUCAGAGGAUCCUGCACGAGGUUCACCACAGACUGGGAACUGUGGAUGUUCAGGACCAGGUCGCAGCUGUAGAAUUCAUGAAGAGUUUUCCAUAUAUUGAUCGGACACGGAUAGCAGUGUUUGGAAAGGGUUAUGGAGCGUACAUAACAUUAAUGAUGCUCAGGUCUACUGACAACCUUUUCAAAUGUGCGUGUGCAAUGUCGCCUGUGACUGACUGGAAGCUCUAUGCAUCGGCUUUCUCUGAGAGGUACCUUGGCUCGCCAUCACGGGACGACAGCAGGUAUCAGUUUUCCAGUGUGCUACAGAACGUUCAAGCGCUGCGGGAGCAGAAACUGAUGCUUGUGCACGGCACAGCAGAUGCCAACAUCCACUUUCAGCAUACUGCUGAGCUCGUCAAGAACCUCGUGAAAGUUGGAGCAAACUACUCAAUGCAGAUCUACCCAGAUGAGGGCCACUUCCUAUCUCAGCCGAGUCGCCAGCACCUCUACGGCACGCUGACCAGCUUCUACCGGGAUUGUCUGAAGGAAGAACUGCUACCGCUGCCUGACGAGGAAGAGGAGGAGGAGGAGUAG